GGAGAUGUGAACGGCAUCGCGCCUCGAUUUUCGCAGAAGCUGGUCAAGUUUAUGCCUGAACCAAGAACCCAUGCCAGCGUAGGCCAUCCGGACAAGAAGAAGGAGACGGAUGAUUUCUGGCUCACCUUCGCUCCCGCAGGCUUUGGCUUACUCGACAUCAAGGAUUAUUCGCCAGGAAAGUACCCGAAGCUCGCGAAGCCGACAGUCAAAGAGGGUUACAAUGUUGUAGAUACCUCCAUGGCCCAUCAGCUGCAUUGUCUGCACAGCAUCAUGGACGCGUACAAUCAGAUGGCGCAAGGCCUUCCGCCACACCAUGGAGGGCAUAUGAUAAGAGAAGAAGAUCACUCGUGGCAUUUGGGCCACUGCUUUGAUUACAUUCGGCAAGGCAUAAUGUGCUGUGGAGAUACAGCACUUGAAGGAGCUGCGACUAUGUUUCCGGAAGGCAAGGAGGGCUCGGAUGGCUGGAACACAUACCAUGUCUGCAAGUCUUAUCCUGAAGUCAAAGGGUGGAUCGAG